AGGAGAUGUAAAGAUGAGUAGUUAAAUUUUUCAUUGACAUAUUAUCUAUUUCAACUCGACUCUCAUUAGAAGAGAUGUCAAAAAAUCAAUUAAUCUGAAGGAUCUGACAUAUUAAACCCGAUCAAAACCAGGAAAUGACAGCACGUAGACAUUGAGACAAACCGUGUUUAUCACUUUUCCAUUUACCCAAAACCUAAAGAUUCGUUUGGCACUUAUUUAAGUCUUACACACCCGAUGAGUGCUAGGACGAUCAGCAAUGGAGUCAACAGCAAGGAGAAGCCUUCGGUUCCUCCUCCAGCUCCAUCUUCUAUUCUCUUUCCUUCAUCGUAUCCUAAGCACUUCGCCUCCUCUCUUUCCCAGUGAAGCCAUCCCCACCAGAUCUGGCUACCUUCCGGUGAAUCCCGCUACAGGUUCCGCCAUUUUCUACACAUUUUAUGAAGCUCAAGAACCUUCCCCUCUCUCCGAAACCCCACUCCUCAUUUGGCUCCAGGGAGGCCCUGGCUGCUCCUCCAUGAUCGGCAACUUCCUCGAGCUCGGUCCGUGGCGUGUUCACUCCCACGUCCAUAACAAGACAGAACAACUCUAUCUGGAACCCAAUCCCAGUCCAUGGAACCGCUUGUUUGGACUCCUUUUCCUUGAUAGCCCAAUUGGCACUGGCUUUAGUUUGGCAGCUACAACUGAAGAGAUUCCAAGAAAUCAAACAGCUGUUGCUCAGCACCUGUACGCCGCUAUCACGAGAUUCAUUGAAUUAGAUCCCGUUUUCAAAAACCGCCCAAUUUAUAUCACAGGUGAGAGUUAUGCGGGAAAGUAUAUUCCCGCACUUGGGUAUUACAUUUUGAAGAAAAACGGGCUAGUCUCUCCUGACAAAGUUGCUGUGAAUUUGAAAGGCGUAGCCAUAGGCAACGGAUUAACAGAUCCUGAAACGCAGGUCGCCACUCACGGCGUCAACGCAUACUUUUCUGGGUUUAUUAAUGAAAGGCAGAAGGAAGAAUUGGAGCGAGCUCAAGAUGAGUCAGUCAGGCUAGUGCGAGUUGGGAACUGGAGCGGGGCAACAAAAGCAAGAAACAGAGUCCUGAUUGCUGCAAACAUGACUGGUUUGGCAACUCUUUAUGAUUUUAGCAAAAAGACUCCUUAUAGAACCGAUUUGGUCACUGCUCUAUUGGGUUACUCAGAGGUGAAGAAGGCGUUGAAAGCGAAUGAGGCAAUUGCUUUUGGGGAAUGCAGCGAUGCAGUUGGGGCUGCAUUACACGAGGAUGUGAUGAAGAGUGUUAAAUUCAUGGUGGAGUACUUGGUGAAAAACACCAGAGUGUUGUUGUAUCAAGGGCAUUAUGAUUUGAGAGAUGGCGUGGUGUCAACUGAAGCUUGGGUGAGGACGAUGAAAUGGGAAGGGAUAAAUCAGUUUCUGAACGCUGAGAGGAAGUUUUUGAAAGUGAAUGGCGAGGUUGCUGGUUAUGUGCAGAGUUGGAUAAAUCUGAGCCAUGUUAUAGUGUUAAGAGCUGGGCAUUUGGUGCCUACCGACCAGCCAUUGACUUCUCAGACGAUGAUUGAGAACUGGGUUUUAGAGACGGACUUAUUUGCCAUACAGGGUUCUUCAUCAGUCUGAAAUAACUUGUAUUUCACUGCUUGUUCUUACUUUCACUACAUAAUUUGCCGCAGCAACAGUGACCUAUUGGUAUGAAAUAACUACUUGUAUUUCAAGACGGGAAUGCUAGUGCAGUUGAUCUGA